GUAAAGGGACGCAAGAGGAAGCAGAGGAGCACAACCCAGGGUGACACGGGCCAGGGAGGACGUUAUUUACCGCGUUAUUUCACCUCCUGGACCUCGACGCCGCCGGUUCGAACCCCGCUACGACUCCCAAAGCCUUACUCUCCCUUCAGCCAGCAGCUCGAGGCCUGGGAACGCUAAAUAAGGCCUAAAAAGCCAUGAAUAUCUUUACCAACGUGUCCAACCAGGUCUCCGGGCUCGGGUCCUGGUUCAAGAAGGAGGAAGGUCAGCAGGAAGGUCAGCAGGAGGGUCAGCAGCAGGGGGGUCAGCAGGGCGAGGCUGACCCUUCACCGCCCUCUGCUAACGCCUCGGAGCAGAGUGUGAAGGGCUCGGCGGAUGGGGACGAGGACGCGGCCUCUCAGCACUCAGGGGCCACGGAGGGAGCGGACAGCAAUCCUCCGAGCGAAACAGAGGAGGAGCAGGAGGCCAAGACCGGCUUUGCUUCAGCGUUUGGGGACAUGAAGGGAGCGUUUGAAGGGCUGGGCUUCAACCUGUCGGCGGUGCAGGGCAAGGCGUCCGCUGGGGCCAAGACUGUGGGGUCCUUCUUCUCCUCUGCCUUCAGCAAAGCCGGCGCCAGUGUGAAGGAGGCCGGGUCCAAGAUUAAGGAGAGUGUGGAGAAGAACACCCUCCUCUCUGAGUUCAACAAGGAGCAGGAAGCAUUCAUCAAGGCCAAGGGGGGGAAGGGAGGAGAGGCGCUCCCCCCCUGGGUGGGAUAUCCCGACGAGGACAAGCUGAAGGAGGAGAUUCUCGCGCUGGCAACGGAUCGCAGGAACUUCGUCCGUAAUCCUCCAGCGGGCGUGAAUUUCGAGUUUGACCUUGAAUCCUUCCUUCCCGUGGCCCAGGCGACCUUGGCAGCUGACCCCAACCUUGAGAAGAUGCGCUUUGAACUGGUCCCCAAGACGAUUGACGAGGAGACAUUUUGGCGGAACUAUUUCUACCGUGUCGGUCUGAUCCGCCAAAGCACCGAGCUCUCCACCCUAGAGAAGGAGGGCGUCGAGGGGGGAGCCGCCAAGCCAGCCGCCUCCGUCAACGCUGGGGAGAUGAAAGACUCCCCCAAGGUCAAGAACGAUGACCUUUCGGAGCCCCAGGAGAGCUCGGGUCAAGGUCACGGAGGUCAGGGUGGUCAGGAUGAGUUCAUAUCCGACUCGUUCACGCACUCCACUAAGGAUGUGGAGGAGGAGGUGAAGAAGGGGCUGUCCUCCCUCACCAAGAAGGAAGAAGAGGACUGGGAGAGGGAGUUGCAGGAGGAGUUGGGGGAGUACGAGGUUGUGGAUGGAACCAGCGGCGGCGGCGGCAGCGGAGGCGGAAAGGAUGACAAGUGGGAAGCGGAAAUACAAGACAUGAUUGACGAUGAGGGUGAUUUGCGGUAAAACAACGAUGGAGAGGAAGAGGAAGAAGAGGAGGAGGAGGAGGAGGAGGAUUGGGCUAUGAUUUGCCGGUUCGAAACAUGACAAUUGUUUUUUUGUUUUUUUUGUUUACGCUUCGAGUGUGUGUGUGUGUGUGUGUGUGUGUGUGUGUGUGUGAUAGAGUGACUAUUUAUCUCUAUAUUAUUAUUAUUAUUUUGGGGUGAAGAAGAGGAAGAAGAAGAGGAGGAGGAGGAGGAGAUUCGCCUGUUCGAAAGAUGACAAUUGUUUUAAAAUUUUGUUUACGCUUCGAGUGUGUGUGUGUGUGUGAGAGUGUGUGUGUGUGUGUGAUAGAAUGACAAUUUCUCUAUAUUAUUAUUAUUAUUUUUGGGCGGUGAAGAAGAAGAGGAAGAGGAGGAGGAGGAGGAGGAGGAGGAGGAUAAAAAACUCCCCUGGUUUCAAAGAUGUCAAAUUCUCCUUUUGUUUACGUUCGGACAAGGACAAUUUUUCACACAUAUCGUCUCCUUCGUAAACAAGUCUCCUAAAUCAUCAAUCAUUUUCUCCUCUUCAGGGAAUAAGAAAAGAAUCAUAAUAGACUCAUUCAGCUUAAGAUUUACGGGUCGUAGUACAGGUCCAAUUCGAGAAGUUCCGGGUCCCUACAGCCGAGAGAGCCCAGGUUCGAUUCCCGGGCGGAGUGGAAAAAUUUGGGCGGCUUUUCCGAUACCCUACACCCCUGUCCACCCCCCAGCAGUGAAUGGGUACCAGGUAUUAAUCCAGGGUUGUGUCCCGUCUCCUGGGGUCUGUUCCCUUCUCCUGUAAUUCCUUCCCCUUCUGUCUCUCUCCGGCAUAUGACCACAGAUGUUGCGCCGACUAAAUGAAACUUUCCAACUUUCCCGUCUCCUGGGGUCUGUUCCCUUCUCCUGUAAUUCCUUCCCCUUCUGUCUCUCUCCGGCAUAUGACCACAGAUGUUGCGCCGACUAAACCAAACUUUCCAACUUUCCCGUCUCCUGGGGUCUGUUCCCUUCUCCUAUAAUUCCUUCCCCUUCUGUCUCUCUCCGGCAUAUGACCACAGAUGUUGCGCCGACUAAACAAAACUCCAACUUUCCCGUCUCCUGGGGUCU